AUGGACUUUGAUUUUAGUAAUUAUAAUAUCGAAGAGUCUACCCAACCAGUGGCCGUAUAUCAGGAUGACUACGAUUCGUUAUCGAUUAGCCCAACGGGGGGUCAAGUACGCCGCGUAGAAGACGAUAUAGUAAAAACUGAACAGCCAGAGGUAGAUCCUGAACAGAGAACACAGUAUAAACAUAGUAGACAUCGUUCUAGUGUACCUUCAUUAAGCUCGGCAUUUAGUACAUUCACCGUCGAUCAACCAACGCCUGUUACGCCAACAUCUGGAUACUUUGGACAUCCAUUCGUGAACCUAAGCAAUGCAAACAGACACUCCGUCAGUGUAGUGGCACCCUCAGAUACUUUCAUUAAACCAGCUACCGUCAUUCCGCCACCAUCAACGUCAUCUUCUAUUCCGGGACAUAAACUGGAAAAACAGCAAGAAGAUGAGCUGAGAAUUAUAGAUGAACAGGAGAAGCGUUUGAAAAUUUCUUUAAAGAACUUCCUCAAUUCUCCCCAUCGAGUAGAUUUCGGCGAACAGAUUAUAUCGAUAUCGACUCCUCAAACAGCACAGAAAUCAUACGGUAAUGAGAAAAGAUUUAUUGCACCUCCACCACAAGUCUGUCUUAUCGGCAAGAAUUGGAAUAGCGAAAACAAGAAAGGUGGACAGUCGCACGCAUUAGCCUUAGAUCUUGGACAAUUAUCACCUUCAGUUCAGGUUAAGCUUGGCAAUGGCUUACAAGCUCAUGAUUGCGAGCUGAAAUGGUCACAGUUCACAGAAUCACAAUCUAAACAAUCAAAUUUACCUCUAACACCACCAGAUUCAUCUCCAAAUUCUAACAAGUCUGAUUAUGUCGAGGAGUCCAAUGAUACUAAUCAAAUGACGAUGUUAGGAAAGGCACUUGCUAGACAUCUUCAUAUAACCGAUGUAGCAGAUGAUAGGAAGAUUACAAAUUGUUACGCAGAGGUAGUUAUACCUUCAUUACUUUCAAGGAAUCCAUUUAAAGGUAGUUUCGCAUUACCAAAUAUGAAUAUCAUUUCAAAGGCUUCAAAGCAAAGGAAACCAAAACGCAACGAAGAAAUUUGCGUAUUUCAUGGCAGCUUGGUUAGUCUAUAUAAUAGAGCACGGUCUCAAACUUCAUCUACACGUUAUUUGACAGUUACUGGUACUCCUUCAAUUUGGCCCACUGGUAGUGACAAUUGUCCUAAUAAUGAGAAUGGUAUAAAUUUGCAAAAUGCUACAUUUACACCAGAUGCAAAUUAUUGGGAUCCCUUCAUCAUUUGGAUAUACGAUACAGAACAUGCGGGAGAUACGUUGCCUAGUGUACCUGAUGAUUGGCCUACACCACCUGUAGGAGCUAUAGCUAGUGGUGUUAAUUCGACAGCUAUCAAAGCAAAUUGUGUCGUCGUAUUACAAUCAUUAUCACAUGGUGUUGUAUCACCGCCAUUGAUCGUCAGAAGAGGAGGUAAAGGAACUUCAGUGACAGGUGGUGGAAAUGUCGAUGAUUAUCGUAGACGCUCUAGUCUUGACAGUAAUUCACAUAGUAAUCAACGCCAGACUGGCUGUAUUAAAGGCAGUGUACUUGGUGAAUCGACUGUACAACUAAACAAGGUUGGUCUUGAAUUGGCUGUACAAUCAUCCACCGAGCCUGGUCAAUUGGAGGCCUCUGGGAUGUAUUUGACUUGCGUCGAUGAGCUGAUUAGAUUGAUCGUACCACCUAAAUCACAGUCAGGUGCUGUUGAUUUCCCUGUCAAAGAUCGUGACAACGCUAAUAAGUCUAGAAGAACAAGUUAUCAAUCUGAUAUAGCGAAUGAUGAUAGUCAGGAUAUCUCCUACAGACCAAAGAGGAAAUCCAGUGCGCGUUCAUCUACUGACCAGUCAAGUAGUUCAAGGAAUAAGAGACGCUCUAGUCAAUAUGAUGCUAAUAAUCUUGAUGCAUAUGCAGAAAAUGGUAUGACAUGGUCAUUAGAUGUUGGUGAGAUUGCUUUAUGGACUAUAUCUGGUGUCGAGGUACACAAUCACUAUAUCUAUACACCAGAAUUCAACGCAAGUACAAUUGAUCAAUAUUUCAAAAGAUCAAACCUGAACGUUACAGUUCCAAUACCAUUCUUUUCAACGUGGAUUAAGGUAGAUAGCAAAGCUAAUGGUUAUCAACCUGGCAGAUCUAACCUUAAAUUUUACAACAAUAUGGAUAAUGUCAUGCAAGUAUUUGGUAAAAACUUUCAAGGUUUUGACAAUGAUUCCAUUGAUCUGUACUUCUAUGGUAAAGUACAAAAGAAAACUGGUGUUGGAUUAGGUAUAGAUUUGGGUGGUGAAUAUAAACCUAUUGAUGAAGAAGAAGAGAUCGUUAUCUGGAAGUCUACUUUCGUUGAUUACAUCUCAAAUGAUGAAAUUAUAGUUGGAUUACCUUCGAAUGAAGACAAUUACAAACUAAUCGAUGAUAAACUCAACCUUAUAGCAGUUAUAAAGGAGAAUGGUACGAUAAUUCCAACAAACCUUCAAGUUCAAGGUGAAUUUCGAAAUUAUUGAUAAUUUUCUUGGAUUUGUUCAUUUUGCCUAGCUUUCUUUAUUAAAACGUUAGUUAUUGCUUUAAAUUGUAUUUGUAUUAGUAUUGCUAUAUUUUUAAUAUAUUUAUUG